AUGCGUUAUAAGAAGCAGCUUAUUGGAUUCAUCAAACAAUUACGCAAAAUGCUGCAAGAGCGCUCCCGGUGGAGCAAAUAUGUUUCUCUGUCGACUACCGGGGAGGCUCACCCAUCUGAUGCCGUGAGUAUUGAAUUCCCAUCAGAUGCUGCGAGAGCCUCCCGGUUGAGCAAACCUUGCCUUUCCGUCAGAAUACCAGCGAAGCUUACCCGUCUGAUGCCUCCGACCACCGGCGAAGCUUACCCGUCCAACGCCACGAGUAUUGAACUCCCGUUAGAUGCUGCGAGAGCCUUCCCCGAGUGGGAGAAGGAACUCAAAGAGCUUUUCAGAGUUUUGUCGGAUGAAGGUGAGGACAGGAAUGAAGACUUGUUGAAAAUCGCUAAAGAAAAGAUCACUGCACUGUAUGGAGCUGAUGCAGACCAGAAAACAUUAGAAGAGCUCACGAAAAAUGAAAAAUAUGCUGAGAUUGAAAAUUUUCUGUCUAUCAGUAAGAAAAUAAUCUCAAACAGUGAUGUCUCUGAAUUUGCCAAUGAUGUUGCAUGUUACAUAAUACACAGUGAGUCAAGUCCUGGUGGCUGGUACUGGCCGCUUGUGAACAGUGUGACGAUCAAGAUUCCAGAUUGUCAUGAACUCCUGGAGCACAUUGUGCUUGUUGAUCUUCCUGGAACUGGAGACUGCAACAAGACUAGAGAUGACCUGUGGAAAACCAAACUGACAGAGUGCUCUUUUGUGUGGAUUGUGAGUGAUAUUAAUCGAGCAAGCACCGAUCAAGACCCCUGGGGGAUAUUAGGGCACUGCAUUGAAGAACUGGGACCAAGAGGAGAAUGCAAAAGCAUCAAUUUCAUCUGUACAAAGACAGAUGUUAUAAAUCCAUCAGCCUAUAUGAGAUCUGCGCGGCUUACUAAAGACCAAAUCUCGGGAGACAAAGAUCAGAAAAAAGUUUGCAUACUUCAUAGAAAUGAAAAUGCCAAGACAAGAGUCAAAGAAAACUUUGAAAAUUCAGAAAUCAAGAAGAGAUUCAGGACUGAUGAUCAUUUUCUUAAUGCUUUUACUGUAAGUUCCAAUGCCUUCUUCGACCACAAUUUAAAUCUGGAACCUAGUGAAACAGAAAUACCAAAGCUGCAGGAUGAUUUGAGGAAUAUAAACAAGAACAUUAACAGAGAACUGACCAGAGAUUAUGUAAAUGAAGCGAAGGGAGUUUUGUCCUUGAUCCAAAGUGUCCAACUGGAUACAGACAAGAAAACGAUUGAGACGAAAGUCAAAGUCCACAUGGAAUUUGAGAAGAACUUAAUGGAGGCACUAAAUGAAUUAAACAAUCGUUUUGACAGCAUUUAUAAUGAUCUGGAGAAGUGUCUCUCAAAGGGAGUGGAAGAAUCAGUGCAAUUAUGUGUUGCUUCCACAAAUGAACUGAUAGCACCUAAUAUAGAUAAAAGAGGAUUCCAUAAAAUCCUUCAAGCUUUGUGCAAAAAUGGAGGAUGUUACUGGUCAAAAAAUUGGGAUGUAGUCCUAGAUCUGAACAGGCAGUUGGCCAAACACUUGGAUGAAUACAUUCAUGAAUAUUUCGAUCAGAUUUUUCCUGUCAAUGGAAAAACAGGGAAGUCAGUGCAGGAACAGAUCGAUAAGUUCAGUAUCUUCCAGAGUGACUCUGUUUACCCAAGCUCUGACAUACUACAUUAUAUUCAGAACUUCAUCAAAACUGAGUCUAUGUGA